UUUAAAGUUAGUAUCUCUACAGUAGCAGAUUUGAGACCCAAGGGCCAAAAUGAGGUUACUGCUAGCCCGACAGGCAUACUAUGAGUGAGCUUCAGGGGGCCUAUCCGUUCACCCUGCAUUGUUUAUAACAGUCGGUGAAAGGUUUACAGCAUGCAGCAGAGUUCGCCUCAUCCCCUCGUACCAUCAUGACAACCAAUCCGCGUAUCAUAUUCAACGAAAUCCCCAAUGGCUUGCCAAAUCCUAAAACAUGUUUGAUCGUUGACAAUACACUGUCUAUUGAUCUCGACAAUGUAUCACUUCAAGGAGGUAUCCUUGUCAAGGCACUCGCCUUCAGUCUUGAUCCCUAUAUGCGCAAUCGCAUGCGACCCAUUGAUAUCCAAGGAGAUAUUGAUGCAUUCCCCCUUGGCGAAACAAUUACUGGUUUCAGCGUUGCUGUGGUCUUGCGAAGUGAGACGCCCUUGAUUCAAACCGGACAAUAUGUAUAUGGAUUCAUGUACUAUCAACGCUACAGCGUCAUCCCGUCAAUAGACGCUAAUGCCCUAGGAAUGAAGGGCUUGAGUCUACAAGUCCUUGACAACAAGUACAACCUUCCAUGGCGGUAUUAUGUUGGAAUCCUUGGAAUGACUGGGCAGACAGCAUAUUAUGGACUCAAGGACAUUAGCAACCCUAAACCAGGUGAAACGCUCUUUAUAUCCGCAGCGUGUGGUGCUGUAGGCCAUCUGGUGGUUCAGUUUGCCAAGGCACAAGGACUGAAAGUCAUCGCAUCUUGUGGUAGCGACCAGAAGGUCUCCUUGGUGAAAUCACUCGGGGCAGAUCAUGUAUUCAACUACAAAACUGCGGAUACUGCUGCAGAGCUCAAGGCACAUGGCCCGAUUGACAUUUACUUUGACCUUGUCGGUGGUCCGACCCUCGAAGCUGCCAUAGAUAAUUUAGCCCGCAAUGCUAGACUCGUUAUCUGCGGGAUGAUCAGUCAAUACAACUUGGGCACGAACGAAGCGUAUGGCAUUCGAAACCUGUGGUUAUUGAACAGGUACCGAGCAAAGAUGCAGGGUUUGGUUGUGAUCGACUGGGCAGAUAAGUACCUGGAUGAAUUCCACGAUACUGUUCCACGAGAUUUGGCUGUUGGAAAAUUGAAAUAUCUGGAACAUGUGUAUCAUGGUAUGGACAAGGUCGGUGAGGCACUUGUUGAUUUACUAGUUGGAAACAAUAUUGGAAAAUCUGUGCUGGUUGUCGAAGAUGAUGCAUAGCGAUAUACGCCACACCUGUACAUUGUACACCUCAAUGUUGAUCAACUGUGUAAUAUGAUAUGCAUGAACUUCAUACAUGCAACUUGAAGCUAGAGUAUAUGUAACAUCUCGAUUGGAUUUAAUGACGUUGAGGACAAACUAUCGGGUAUUCUAAAUACACAGUAAUUGAACAAGCAUAACGUAGCAGGCAUGUACAUCGUUACAUGUGGAAUCGAUAAAAGUUCAUGACAUCGGUCGCUCAGUCCAAUA